AACGCAUUACCGUAUGGGUGUGGCUCUGAUGAACCGUUCAAGGUGGCUUUUAAUACCUAGAUGAAGGUAGAAAAGCAACACUACCAAUCGCAAAUGCAGCUGGAUUUGAAGAAGGUUAAGACGCCAGAGGAGCCAUCGAGAAAGAAGAGAAAGAAGUUCCGUGAGAGUCCACCAUCAACCCAUCGGAUGAGCCUCCGUUCUUCACCAAAAAUCACCAUGGUUAAAGUUCCUCCGCCAGAGAUUGUCAUGAUUAUUAUGGAUUUGCUCGACGCACCCCAGGACAUGGAUACCCUCCUAAAAGUGUUUCCUCGAUGGAAGCAAAAUGUUCCAGAGACCUACUGGCGUCAUCGCUUUAUUAAAGAUUUGAUGCUGGAGGACGAAGAGCUCCCUGGUCUGGACGAUUUGGACUGGAAACAUGUUUAUCUUGAGAUGGAUCUUGCCGACAACAGCUUACUGGGGUUUGGAUAUCCGGCGACAGAUUGUAAGGCAUAUGGAGAAAAUGAGAACGAUCUUUUUCGGUCACCUGGAAAAGACAAGAUAGAUCUGAGUCAUGUUUCCUGA